AUGAAAUUUCACCUAGGACAAAAGACCUGUGGUUAUAAGGAUAAAGAAUAUGCUUAUUUACGGAAUAAAACCCAUGGCAUAGAAAUGAUCCAAAAAUUACUCGAUGAACAUAUCACUCCUAAUCAUCCUGAAUAUGAACAUUGUUGUCAUUUACUUAAUGAAUAUGCUCAACGAGGUACAAUUGAAUCUUUAUUAACUCUAUAUACCUUAGAAACACCAUUUUAUCAUCAAUUACAUUAUACAAUCAAUCCAUUAGCAUUUCCAUUGUUUAUGCAUUUACCUGACUUACAAGCUCGUUAUUUUCAAGGAACAUCAUAUCGUGGAGUGAAAAUGACUCGAGAAGAAAUACGUGAAUAUCAUUGGGCAUUAAAUAAUCGAAAUAAAGUGAUUUCUACAGGAAAAUUUGCUUCGACAUCAAUCGAUCGCCAUGUUGCGGAGAAAUUUGCCUCGAAUAAGUCCUCUUCAACAAAUAAAAUCAGUGUUCUAUUAGCAUUUCAUUUUCCUAAACCAUGUGAUACCGCGAUUAUUUUAGGAAAAGUUCCCGAACAACAAUUACCAUGCAUCUCGAAUUAUGAAGAUGAGCAAGAGAUUUUAGUCGGUCCACGGACAUUUUUUUAA